CCAGCGAAAAACAGUUUUCAAACUCCUGUUUCAUCACCCCAAAACCAAACCACCACAUUCUUCAAUUUUCGCUUCAUUUUCCCCUCAAAUUCCCACCAAAACCCACCAAAAUCAAUACCCAAUUGUCACUUUUUCCACUUAAUUCAUAAAAAAUUAAUCCCAAAACAGAGCAAAAACAGAGUAUAAAAAAACAGAUAUGCCGGAAUCUUUUCAUGGUCGAAUUCCGGCGACUUUGAUGUUGACCGGCGCCGUUGUGUUGGUGUUGUUACAGGCUGUGGUUGUGGUUGGUGAAUUUCCGGCGACUAUGACGCUGGAGAGAGCUUUUCCGGCGGAUAAUCGAGUGGAAUUGGGUGAACUUAGAAACAGAGAUGGGUUGAGACACCGGAGGAUAUUGCAGCAGCAGGAUGGUAAUCCAGAUGUUGUUGAUUUUCGUGUUCAAGGGACUUAUGAUCCGUAUCGUGUUGGGCUUUACUAUACAAAAGUUCAGUUAGGAUCUCCACCAAAGGAUUAUUACGUACAAAUCGACACCGGAAGUGAUGUUUUAUGGGUCAGUUGCACCCCUUGCAACGGCUGCCCAACGUCGAGCGGACUCCAAAUUCCGAUGGAUUUCUAUGACCCGUCGAGCUCAUCCACAAGCUCCGUGAUUAGUUGUUCAGACCAACGUUGUUCUCAAGCGAGCCGGUCAUCUGAUUCAGGCUGUAACAAUAAGCAGUGCAGUUACAAUUUUCAGUAUGGAGAUGGUAGUGGGACUUCGGGUUAUUAUGUAUCGGAUUACAUGCAUUUGAACACAAUCGGUCUUGAUUCGGCGACAUCAAACUCUUCAGCCAAUGUUGUAUUUGGUUGUAGCACGUCUCAAAGCGGAGAUUUGACGAAAACCGAUAGAGCGGUUGAAGGAAUCUUUGGGUUUGGUCAAAAUGGUUUGUCGAUAAUUUCACAACUUUCUUCACAAGGGAUUGCUCCUGACUCGUUCUCUCAUUGCCUUGUUGGCAGUGGCAGUGGUGGCGGUAUUUUGAUAAUCGGUCAAAUACUCGAUCCGGAUAUGGUUUUUACGCCACUCGUUCAAUCACAGCCGCAUUACAAUGUAAACUUGCAGAGUAUUUCUGUGAAUGGUCAAACGUUGCCCAUUGACCCGUCAACUUUUGCAAUAUCAGACAACCAAGGUGGAACCAUAAUUGAUUCGGGAACAACUCUGGCAUACCUCGCUGAAGCUGCUUAUACGCCAUUUGUGGAUGCUAUUACACAGUCGGUUUCACAGUCCGUACAACCGCUUAUUUCAAAGGGCAAUCGGUGUUAUUUAAUUACCUCAAGUGUCUCUAGCAUAUUCCCGACUGUAAGCUUGAACUUUGCGGGUGGUGCUUCAAUGCAUUUAAGACCUCAGGACUACCUUCUUCAACAGAAUUCUGUGAACGGGGCUGAGGUGUGGUGCAUUGGCUUUCAAACAAUCUCCAAUCAAGGAAUUACUAUUUUAGGAGACCUCGUUCUUAAGGACAAGAUUAUUGUUUAUGAUUUGGGUGGUCAACGAAUCGGAUGGGCGGAUUAUGACUGUUCAACGUCUGUAAACGUGUCUUCCACCUCAAGAGGCGGCAGAAGUGAAGUUGUAAACGCUGGACAGUUCAACGCUGGCACGUCGUUGCAGAUUACUCGUUAUGAGUUGACCGCGGUUUUUAUUCUUGCUUCUAUAUUACACUUGGCGAUGACAAUCGGCGGUUUUUCUUUGUAGUCCCUUGUUGUCGGUUUUUAUCUGGAUUUUUAACAUGUUUCUUCAUUUUUUUUUGCUUGGACUGGUUACAUAGUACUUGAUGCAUAACAUUGAUGUUUAUACACACUAAGGUAUAUAUAAAGAAAUACACACUGAUUUUAUUUGUGUUUUA